AUAAAUUUUUUAAUAAUUCUUUCCCUUUCAUUAUCACUAUCUUUUUUAUUUAUAAAACAUCCUCUAUCUCUUGGUUUUAUUCUUCUUUUACAAACUGCUACUAUUGCCUUAAUUACUGGUCUUCUAAACUACAAUUUUUGAUUUUCAUACAUUUUAUUUCUAGUAAUAAUUGGAGGAAUACUAAUUUUAUUCAUUUAUAUAACUAGAAUUACUUCAAAUAAAAAAUUCAAAUUUAGAAAUAGUUUAAUAUUUAUAAUCUUUUUUUUAAUAUUAUUAUUCAUUUUAUCAUUUAUUGCAGACCAAUACUUUUUUAACUUCAAUAAUUUAAAUAUAAAUAUAUUAAAUUAUGAAAUUAAUUUAAAUAAUUUCUCAUUAAAUAAAUUCUUAAAUUAUCCAAAUUAUAUUGUAUUAUUCAUACUUUAUAUUUAUUUAUUUAUUACUUUAAUUGCAGUUACAAAAAUUUCUAAUUUAAAAAGAGGACCUUUACGACAAAAAUUCUAA